CCUGAUAUGCCAUGUUUUGCUUACUACUUUUGGGUUUCCUGUGUUCAGUAAUAUAUUUCYUUGACCAGCGGUUGUCCAACAUUGAAAAAUGGCGGAUGACGAGAUAAUACGUAAGAGGCUACUGAUCGAUGGUGAUGGCGUUGGCGACGAUCGUCGAAUAACCACACUGCUAAAAACCAUGCUGAGAUGGUGUAACGACGAYGAUGAAAACUCCAGCGACAAAGAUUCAUCCUAUCAGAAAAUGUUGGCACAGUUAGCACAAUGUGAGUUUGCCAUGGGGAAAACACAGACCGUGUACGAGGUGAAUGAAAGAGACACGGCCAACUACGAGAAGAUCUAUAAAGAAGUCGGUAAGCGUUUAGGUGGUUCAAAUUCCCUUGUUGAAGUUUUCUUUAAAGAAUCCGUACUUAAUUCUGUAUUCAGGGUCCGUGCAGAUAUUAUUUACCCUCAGCUUGAAUUACGGAAGAAGCAGUUUUAUCUUCUUAUCAAUACAAUUCAUGAAUUGCAAAAAAUGAUUGAUGAAGACAAGACAAACCAAGAUGUCACAUCUAAUCCACCUACAACAUCAUGUGAAGAAAAACCUGUCAGCAAAACUGCAAUUGCUAUGGAUACAUCCUGACAUUACUUGACUGUAUAGCAUGAUACCUAAUAUGGCCAAUAUGGACAUU